AUGGAUCAUUAUCCUCAAUCUACCGUAAUUAUCAAUCCAUUAUCAACCUCCAUUCGAACUCAAGAAUGCGUUUCUUACAUUCGCGAUGAUGAUGUCGUUCAUCCAGCUGAAGGCUACUAUCAAAAACAUGUUCGUUCCCCUCCUCCACCCCCUAUUACGCGUUACUCGGAUGGACUCUCACGUCCUCAUAAUCUUAGUCUCCAAGUUGAAACCCCAGACGAAGUGUUUACCGAACCUCGAAGUCAAAACUAUUUAUAUGAGGGGAAUAUCGCUUAUGUUAAGCCUAUGACCCGCCAAAUAAUCACUUCACCAAUUGAGGGCCCUAUGAAGUACACAAAUGGACAGGAUGAAUUUCUCAUAUUCGGCACAUCUCGACGCCUACGAAGUGAGUUCUAUGAUGAAAUAGCGAAGGAGGAAGAGUUAAAUCUUCGUGAGCGGAAAAUCGCCGAACGAGAAGCUGAGCUACAAAAACAAAUUGAAGAGGAAGAGAGAAGAAGAAUGGAGAGAUCUAGAGAGUUGGAAAAAGUGGCUUUCAUUGAUGAUGGAGGUGAUGCAUACGACGAAGAAAUAAUAGAAGAUAUUAUUACUACACGUCGUAAACCUACAGUGGUUUCUCCAACUGUAGCUUUUUCUUCAGAAGCUUCUAGAACUAUGACUUCAGUCGGGGUUGGUGAUGCGGAUGUUAAUCAGUACUUUCUUCUAGAUACUGGUUCCAGAUCUGUGAAUCCGGCUGACUUUCCCCCUGUUUACUGGGAGCGUUUGAGUCGAUAUUUCACAGAGGAAAUUAAGAGAAGGCGUCCAUCUUGUAGAGAUGUUUCUGUUCAGUUGACUCCCAUUAAGCAAAGAACUGUCUCUCAAUCCGCAUACAGCAAGGAUUUGAAGUCUUUUCGAAAUUUUGGGGUUUGCGUCAAACCAAUAACAUUGAAUCGCGGAUUUACAACCGACGCUGCAACAUCUCCCAACAAGAGGAAUUCGGCUUGCAUGACCGAUGAUUUGGAAGAAUACUUUGCUCGUCUUUUACAAAAAAUCUGCACAGAUUACCCAAAUGCUGAUAAGACCUUUAUCACAAAUCUUUAUCGAUAUAGUCAUACAGACAUCUCAUUGUUUAUUCGCCGUUUACUUGAACGUCUGGAGGAGUUGAGAAAUGUAGAAAGGCCUAUAGUUUCCGCUAAACAGCCAAUGCACUCAGUUGGCUUGGAUGUUCGUCCAAUGAUGCUACAUAAACGUACAUUAUCUGAACCUCCAGUAAGACGAAAUCUUGGAACGAAUACAGAACAGGUACUUUGCAGAACACAGGGUAUAGCUACACCUAGAGCCACUUCACCGGCAACUUCUGACUUUGGUGGAGCUACCGACCAUAUUCGACACAUGGAAACUGGUAGUCAGACCAAGGUACCUGAAGCGAUGGUAGCACCGUCUUCUGCCUCGAAAGCCGGUGAAAAGAUUGAAACUGAAACUCACAAAGUAACAACUUAUCACAUUAAGCGUGUGUCGGGACAUAUUGACAAGGAAGGCAAGGUGUCUUCCAAGACGUUUGAGACUAGUGGAGAAGGGAAACCGCCACCCAGCUCUCUCAUGGAAUCUAUGAGGGAUAUUGUCAAGGAUACCAAAAAGCCAGUGGAUAGUCGACCAUCACGCAAUCGACCUAAUUCGGAGUCUCAUUCGCAUUACUACACUGGAACUACCUUAACAGAGACGUGGUUUGACAAAGACACACCUUUCAAAAGCCGAAUGAGUCCACCUUCAGGCCAAGUAUCUCCGCGGCUACAGACAUCCCCCACACCUUCGGCUGAACAUGUUCCGGGGGGCUAUUCGCGAACUGUGGAGGUAGCACGAUCACCUGGCUUUACAACUACUGAGGAGACAGAUGGAAUGUCCACACUACAGUAUCAACAGUUCAGAAGAACGCCUGUUCAAAGAACCAAGAGUCCUAGUUUAGGAGUGCCCCAUACCUACCGCUCCGACUCUCCAAACAUUCCUCUACGCAACUACACAUACAAAGUCACAGUUGAGAUGCGAAAGGCUGUUGAGGCUUUGAGUAGCUUUUACAUGACCUCAUCUACUGGCACACUAACGGAUGACCUUCAAGGCCACUUGGAGGUCGUGCGCAAAGCUUGGUUCGAAAUGGUAAGCAAAACUAAUAUCGAUCUCGAACAGAUUGAGGACUUGUUCGCCUUCCUCUAUAACAGCGCACCUCAACUCCUCUACCUCUUCAUUCGAAUGCCGACUACUCGGUAUAUCGUACCUAGUCACUCUGAGGCACAACAACAUUAG